UGCUUAUGAUGGGAGACAUGUCUUGGGAACAGAAAAAGCUUUAAAUGUAGCAAUAUUCUCUGUCAUGAAGGAAGACAAGACCUGUCUUAAGGCAGAGGGUUUACUAACUGGCUUCCAAAGGCCUUUCUAGAACUGUAAUUCUGAGCCACUUCUGUUGCUGGCCUUCAGAUGCUGAGAUUGAACUAGGCACAGCCUAGUAUCUGCUCUUUUAGGAGCUCUAGCAGUGCCGGAGGAGGCAGUGCCACCAGCAGCGACAACAGACAGCAUCUGUUCCAACUGAAGACUUCACUCAAAGGCGGCGGCGGGCGGCUUCUCGCUCGGGCAGCGGCGGCGGCGGCGGCGGCUUCCGGAGUCCCGCUGCGAAGAUGCUCAAAGUCACGGUGCCCUCCUGUUCCUCCGCGUCCUGCUCUUCGGUCACCGCCAGCGCGGCCCCGGGGACCGCGAGCCUCGUCCCGGAUUACUGGAUCGACGGCUCCAACAGGGAUGCGCUGAGCGAUUUCUUCGAGGUGGAGUCGGAGCUGGGACGGGGUGCUACAUCCAUUGUGUACAGAUGCAAACAGAAGGGGACUCAAAAGCCUUAUGCUCUCAAAGUGUUAAAAAAAACAGUGGACAAAAAAAUCGUAAGAACUGAGAUAGGAGUUCUUCUUCGUCUCUCACAUCCAAACAUUAUAAAACUUAAAGAGAUAUUUGAAACCCCUACAGAAAUCAGUCUGGUCCUAGAACUCGUCACAGGAGGAGAACUGUUUGAUAGGAUUGUGGAAAAGGGAUAUUACAGUGAGCGAGAUGCUGCAGAUGCUGUUAAACAAAUCCUGGAGGCAGUCGCUUAUCUACAUGAAAAUGGGAUUGUCCAUCGUGAUCUCAAACCAGAGAAUCUUCUCUACGCAACUCCAGCCCCAGAUGCUCCACUCAAAAUUGCUGAUUUUGGACUCUCUAAAAUUGUGGAACAUCAAGUGCUCAUGAAGACAGUAUGUGGAACCCCAGGGUACUGCGCACCUGAAAUUCUUAGAGGUUGUGCCUAUGGACCUGAGGUGGACAUGUGGUCUGUAGGAAUAAUCACCUACAUCUUACUUUGUGGAUUUGAACCAUUCUAUGAUGAACGAGGUGAUCAGUUCAUGUUCAGGAGAAUUCUGAAUUGUGAAUAUUACUUUAUCUCCCCCUGGUGGGAUGAAGUAUCUCUAAAUGCCAAGGACUUGGUCAGAAAAUUAAUUGUUUUGGAUCCAAAGAAACGGCUGACUACCUUUCAAGCUCUCCAGCAUCCAUGGGUCACAGGUAAAGCAGCCAAUUUUGUACACAUGGAUACUGCUCAAAAGAAGCUCCAAGAAUUCAAUGCUCGGCGUAAGCUUAAGGCAGCGGUGAAGGCCGUGGUGGCCUCUUCCCGGCUGGGAAGUGCCAGCAGCAGCCAUGGUAGCAUCCAGGAGAGCCACAAGGCUAGCCGAGACCCUUCUCCAAUUCAAGAUGGCAACGAGGACAUCAAAGCUAUUCCAGAAGGAGAGAAAAUUCAAGGAGAUGGGGCUCGAGCCCCAGUUAAGGGGGCACAGGCUGAGCUGAUGAAGUUACAGGCUUUAGAGAAAGUUAAAGAUGAAGAUAUAAAUGCUGAAGAGGCCCCCAGGAUGGUGCCCAAGGCAGUGAAGGAUGGGAUAAAGGUGGAUGACCCUGACACAGAGGAGGGCCUGGCAGAGGAGAAGCUGAAGACUGUGGAGGAAGCAGCAGCCCCCAGAGAAGAGCAAGGAAGCUCCGCUGUGGGAUUUGAAGUUCCACAGCAAGAUGUGAUCCUGCCAGAGUACUAAGCCGGCUUCCUUCAAAUCUGGAAGCCAAACACCGGCAUUUUAUGUGCUUUGUCCUUCAGCAAGGAAGGUGUGGAAGCAUGAUAUGUACUAUAGUGAUUCUGUUUUUGAGGUGCAAAACAAAUACAUAUAUACCAGUUGGUAAUUCUAACUUCAAUGCAUGUGACUGCUUUAUGAAAAUAAUAGUGUCUUCUAUGGCAUGUAAUGGAUACCUAAUACCAAUGAGUUAAAUUUUGCAAGUAAACACAACAUGACACUUAAAAACAUACAUUUUCAGCAACCAGUGGCACAUAUUUGAAGUGAAUAGUAGCAAACUGUUUUUGGUUUGAAAACCUAGUCAUCCUACGUCCUUUGGAUUUCUUCACAAGGUAGUAAUUCCUUUGAACUACUGCUUGGCUAAUACUAGGUAGUGCUGUAAGACAUGUUUCCAUGACUUUCACAACAUUUUACUUUUUACCAUUGAUGUGUUCAGACUGUUUACAAGGAGAUGCUUGAAGAUGAUAGUUGUACAUACAUGCAAAAAAAAAAAAAUUCCACUUGCAAUAGUAAGAAAUUGAAGCAUCCUUUAAAGGCCUUGAAACCAUAUGUCCCUAAAGCUUAUGUGGAGAAUGCUUUAUUUUAUUCUUAUUUAUAUACACUAUAUUAAUAAUAACCAAAAUCUUCUAAGAUUCUGCUAUUUUACAACCCUGAAGGAAGUAUUUUACAAACUCAUACUGAGUUUCAUUCUUUCCUUCACCUGCUCUCCAAUGAGAUGACUUUCUGAUAGACAAAGCUUAGAGUGUAAUAAAGAAACAGGGAAGAAAAGAAGGUAAGACCACUUAGACUGAAGAUAAGAUUGAUUUCUUUUCAUUUUCCAUAUAAAAUUGUAUUUACUCAUGGCUUUAUACAACUUUACAGAAAGGAACAUUUUAAUGGAUAAACUCUGUAAUUACCAAAUUUCAAAUAUUUAGAAAAUAUUUAGAAAAAUGUAUUCCACAGGUUAGUGCCAAAAUGUCAGAAUGGUAGGAAUAAUAUUCCAUUAUAAGAUCAUUCAUUAUUGACUUUAAUAGCAUAAGAAAACAUUAUUCUUUACCAAAGCUCUUUUUUUAUCCAAUUGAUGGUUAUCUGCAUAUAUCACUUAUAAACUAGUUAUUUAUGGAAAGCUAGUAUGUCUUUUUCUCAUACUUAGAAUGAAAGUAUCCACAUUUUACAACGUAGUGUUGAGAUAGUGCCUGUCAAGAAAUCUAGCACAAUGCCAUUUAUUUACCUUAAAAAACAAAAACAAAAAUAAAAACACUGAUUUCAAAUCAGACUUUUAAAAGGCUGAAACAUUAGAACUAAUAUUUUGUUAUGAUUUUUCCUAGAAUAAAUAUAAUUUCUCCUUGACUUUCAUAGGAACACUUUCCCUUUAUAGAUAUUGCACUAAGUAUCUCCAAUUUAUUUCUAGUUUGAGUUGAAAUGAAUAUCAGAUUAUGUAUCACAUUGUUGGGUUUUCCUAAUUUUAAAAAUAGUCAUUUUAAAAAACAAUUAUUUUCAGAGACCAAGUUAAAGACAAUAAAAAUGACUAUCAUAUAAAAAUCCUAAUUUAAAAAAAGAGAUCUAAAUUAUGUUGGUCCUCCCUCAAAACUAGUAAAUUAGAAAAUGAAAUUAAAGCUCCAGUUUCUAGAGCUUGUUGGACCUCAGUAGACAUUCUUCUUUCCAAUCACAAAUCUCCCUUUACUACCAUUCUCAUGGGAAGAAAACAAAAUAGGACUUCCUAUCUUUCAUAGUUUAGGAAUCUGACAGGUCACUGAUACGGAGCCCCUGAAGAGGCAUAUCAUCUGAGCUCAGAAGGUUUUGUUUUGUUUUGUUUUAUAUGUACUAUCUAGUAAAAAGAGCACUUUUCUUCUUCCCUCUUUUCUUCCUUCCUCCUUUAAUUAUUCCCUCUCAGAAUUCUUAUGUUGUCCGUUAUUAGGGGCUCACUGCUUUUAACCUUUAAAAAUGCCUUUUUUAUUAAGCAUUAAGAUUUCCAUUUAAGAGGAUCAACUUCCUGUUGUACUUUUUACCAUGAGACUCAACAGAUACACACAGGCACCCACGCACAUACCCAUGCACAUAUACACACGUAUGUAUGUAUUGGAAGAGCAAAGAGAAGGAAGGGAUUCUUGUUAGAAAGUGGCAAUUAGCUGAAAGAUCAGAACAUAUCAUUCCUCCCUGCCCCUGGCCGCCAUAUUGUUCCAAGGGCAGUUGUUACGUUAUUCCAACACUAGAGUAGUGCUGAUGGCAUUGGUUGGCCCCAUGGACUAUAGAAGCAAUGUUGCAAAUACCAGGGCCAAUGUGUAUUUUAGAAUUUACUCAUUUAAAUGAGUGCAUAUGACCAUUCCUUGAUGUGGGUAUUCAAGAGAUGAAGAUAAUUCCCUCUAUCUUUUUUAACCUAUAAACUACAUUUUCUAAAAAUCAAUGUGUUUUAAAUUUUGACUCAUAUGUUAAAGAUUAGAUUCUGACAAUGACUAUAUAGUGACUAAUUUCAUUGUUUUAGUAGGAAAAAGUCAAACUUUAAAAAAUGUUGGUCAUUUCAGUCAGAUUAUUCAGAGAUUUCAUAUGUAUACAUCCUAAGUUAGGAUAAUUAUGUUAACGUUUUUGAAAGCACAGCCAAUGUCUAUAUUUCUUGUUAAAAUGGAAUGUAUUGUCUGUCUCAAAGAUUACUUUGCUAAAUAACAGUAGACAAAUAGAGAUUUAAUUUAACAAAUACUUCAUAACAUUACUCCUAAUUGGCAAUAUAGUCACAAAGCAAAAGAAUUAAAUUUCAACAAGCAAUAAAUUACAUUUUAGACCUAACAAUUAUCACAUUACAUUAUUGGUUUUUAUUCUGAGAUAAGUUCAGAUACUUAGCAAAAACUAGGGUGUGUGUGUGUGUGUGUGUGUGUUUAACAAUGAAGGAGAGUCUUGAAUUAUUUCCCCCAUUAACAAUGUCUAAUUGGAAUCCAGUAGUUUUUCUUAAACUGUAAUUUCACUUUUCCCAGGACACAUAAAUAAGGUAAAAUUAGAAUAAUAUGGUUGUAGAAGUUAUUGUCCAGAACAAGUGCAUUAUAUAAAUAUAAUAUAAAUAUAAUGCAAGCACAUAUGUCAUUUAAAAUUUUCUAUUAGUCACAUUUUAAGAAAAAUAGAUGAAACUGUAGCAUUUUUAAUCCAAUUCAUCCAAAUUAUUCUAUCAAUAUAUAGUUAAUAUUAAAAUUUAAUGAGAUUUUGAAUUCUUUAUUUUUAUACUGUUUUCAAAAUCAGGAGUGUAUGUUAUACCUUUGGUACAUCAAGUGCUCUAUAAACACAUGUAGCUAGUGGCUACCAUAUUAGACAGCACUGGUCUAGAGUACUUUUUAUUUUAAGCAAAGUGGCACCUGAAGUUCUGUGCUUAGAUUUAAGUGGCCUCAGUUUUCGCAUUGAAGAGCGGUGGAAGGCCAAAAAGUGUUUCAGAAAUGUACACACUGAGUAAAAGCUUAUUGACCACUCCUGCCCAUUCAUGUGCUUCAGAGGAGAAGUGUUUCCUAACAUAACUUCAAAGAACAACACUUUCCUGGGCAUUACUAAAUUAUUUACUGACUAGUCCCUCUGAUUCCUGAUGGGUCCUGGAGUCUUGACUACAGCCUAGAGUCUCCUGAGUACUGCCGUGAUGCCACUAGUAUUCUUGCUUACUAAAAUCUACUGUCAGCCAACCACGUGUCUUCAUUCAGGAAGGACUGCACAUAGAAUCUGAUUUUUGAGGCCUGGAUGCUGCAUGCCAUCCUUGUAUCACCGGCAAUAUGUCUUUCUGGAAAUCCGAACCAUACCAAAUAUGCAUGAUGAAGAUUGUAUAAUGAUGGUGGUAUCAUGCCAGUUAUCUUCAAAAUGGGAAUAUGACCAUUAGCUGGCAUUUUUUAGAUUUCCUUAGAAGAGUUUAAUCAACACUGCCAUUACACGUGGAUUUAACUAAAAACUUUUGAAAAUUUUUUACAUACUGAAUUUAGAAUAAUCUUCAAGAUCCUAUAGCCAUUUUUAGUGGAAGACUUAAAAAGAAAGGAACAAUUUUUACUGUGACCUCAAUUUCAUAGUAUUUUAAACAUAUUUUGUAAUUCAGAAUGUUUAGCAAUCCCUAUGUCCUGUUUCACAUGUAUGGUAACUGAUGGUGGGUUGCCUACAGGCUGAAGAUUUGGAGAGAGCCAUUUUGUUUCAUAAAUCAGUUUUUAUUGCACAAGAAGCAGCUAGUUAUAUUUCAAGUUGGAAAAAGAAAAUGCCAGAAAAGGCAAAGGAUAAAGUUAGUAAGUCAUUUAUUUUGUUUUAGAAUUGUUCUUGCAAAGCAAAUCUUUUUUUUUUUUUUAAAGGUCAAAAAAGUGAAUCAGUACUAGCAUUUUCUUGAAGAAGUUUGACUCAAUAUGUAAUGAACAGAUAUACAUAGAAGAAUCAAUCAUAAUGCCAUUAUGUCACUUAUUUGUCAUUGCAAAGUAUUCAGUCUAGUUGUCUGGAUUUACUUUAGAUGGUGCAAAAUUUCCAGACAUUAACCUACGUAAAAGGAUUUGCAAUUUCCUUGUAAUUACUGCCUGUUAGUCCAUAUUCUAACUUCCUUAUGUUCAUCAUUCAUAUGUUCCUGAUCAGGGUCAUUGCUAGUAGCUGAGCAUUUACUGGUUGAACACUGCUUUUAUGUGUGUCUGCAUUAAAAAAAUUAUGUACAUGUUAUUUCACUAUUGGUAUUACAUAUAUAUUCAUAACCAUGUGAUAAGCAGAAAUGUACCUAAUAAUUUCCUGUAAAAUUUUUCAAAGUCCUUUUAUUCCCCUGAAACACUCAGGGUGAAUUUUUGGCUCCUUGGCAAAUAAGAAAAAAAGGAGAGAGAUCACUGGAGAGAUAUCAGCCAGCCAUUUACAGUAAUCAAGUUCAGCAUUUCCUCUUUCUAUAUUUUGACCAAUAUAUGAAGAGCAAAUUUUUGUCAUUAUUACUCCUUGUGGAUAUUACCUAAGAUCAGAUAAUAUAAUCUCAGCUCAUAAAGCUUA